AUGGAGGAUCAUACUGCUGCUGUCAAGAUCGUCAGCUGGUUCCUGGCAAUAGUGUCAGCAGGGGCUUUUGUCACAAGUCUGCUAGCAAGUAGGCAUUUACUAAGAAGAAAAUGGCUCAGCUUCACGCUCCUUUUCAGCGCUCUGGCUUCUAACAUUGGCGCAUGCGUCGCUGUCUCUUUUGCGGCUACCUAUGGCCUGGGUAAAUCGCCCAAAGCUUGUUCAGGUGGUUCGCUGUCUGCGAUGCAGAAAGCUUUCUAUACCGUUGAGAUACUUCAAGCGCUCACCCUCGGCCUCGGAAAGCUUUCCUUGGUUGCGUUGUUCGCCCUUCUCUUGUCGCCCAAUAAGUUGAAGAGAAUCAUCAUCUCAAUUACAACCGUCCUCGGUCUCUGGACUGCAUCGAUGAUGGUGGCAACAGCAGCCCAGUGUUCUGCGCCCAAUGUCUGGGAUUUGGCACAUGGGUCCUGCAUUGAUGUUGCUGCUCUGUGGAGAUACUGGGGUGCGACAAAUAUUCUCAUCGAAGCUUUGAUGCUCGGGACGGUCGUCUUUGUGGUCUCGCGCCUUCACAUGGCAUUUUGGACCCAGGCCAUAGUCAUCGCCUGCUUCAGCGCUAGAGUGGUAGAUAUCGGUGUCACCGCUGUUCAAUUGAACUACAGCCAAGCAUUCUAUGCGCGCGGUUGCGAUCUUCAGCUACAACUUUGGCCAUGGGCGAUGUGCGGCCAGGUCCUGCAAACAGUAACCAUCAUUUCCGCAUCGAUCCCACACUUGCGUGAUUUCUUGGAAUCUUUCCCGAGUGGAAUGCUCCGUCUCCAUGAGAUGGACUCGAAGACAAAACUUACAGAUUCUGGGGCCCGCACGACAUUGAAGAGUCCGAUAAGAAGCCAGCAUUAG